CACACCACUUGGUGGACUAGGGGAUUCCUACUGAAUCCUAUUGCAAUGUGGGAGGAGGGGCGGAAGUGGAGGAAGUGGUUCCACAGCCGAUUGGAUAAUGUUUCUUCAGAUUCAGUUGUGGAAACGAAGCUGAACGCGACCGCGCAGUGAUUUCAGAGAGAGUGGAGAGUGUCGGAGGUUUCAGAGUGCGGAAGGAAGCAAGGGUUAAUUUGACGGAAGACUGAGGUUUUGGGAAGCGGCGUUUUAAACUGCUUGUAUGGACUAAACUUGGAGUUCACCGGUGUGAAAGCGUGCAUUAUGCAUUCAGACUGCAGGCUGCUAUGGGCAGAGCGGUAAUGGUGGGCAGGGGACCGACAGGGACCAGGCUUUUCUUCUUGUCGACUGUCAUCAUCCUCACCGCCAGAAGCAGUCGAGCGCAGCAAGGCGAUGGCUGUGGCCUGAGUGUUUUAGGCCCUUGCAGUGGGAGCCUGUCGUCUCUGGGUUACCCUGGUACGUACCCUAACCACACGGUGUGUGAGUGGGAGAUCAGCGUGCCACAGGGCCGGAGGCUCCACUUCCGCUUCGCUGACCUGGACAUAGAGGAAAACAACUGUCAGGUCAACUACCUCAGGAUCUACGAUGGUAUAGGACCUCAUAGGACCCAGAUAGUGAAGUUCUGUGGUCUGGGCCUGAAUGUUCCUGAUCUCAUCCUGUCCAGUGGGAACCAGGUCACCGUCCAGUUCAUGAGUGGGACCCACCAAAGUGGGCGGGGCUUCUCCCUGGCCUACUCCACCACAGAACACCCAGAUCUGAUCACCUGUCUAGACAAAGGAAUCCACUUCACUGAGGCAGAGUUCACUAGAUACUGUCCAGCAGGAUGCCUGACGUCUGUUGGGGAGAUCUCUGGGACCAUACCCCACGGCUACAGAGAUUCGUCUCCAGUGUGUCUAGCAGCCAUCCAUGCAGGUGUGGUGUCUAACUCUGUGGGCGGUCAGAUCAGUGUGGUCAACAGUAAGGGCAUCCCUCACUACGAUGGCUCGCUGGCUAACAACGUCUCCUCCACUGUUGGUCCCUUGUCAAACAGCCUCUUCACUUUCAAGACCAGUGGUUGCUAUGGGACACUAGGUCUAGAAUCGGGCGUUGUUAGGGACUCACAGCUCUUUGCUUCCUCGGUGUGGGAAUGGAGUGACGUGAUUGGCAAACCCAGUGAGUGGGGCCCAACCGGGGCCCGCCUUAAUGGGGCGGGGCUUCCCUGGGCGUCGGCUCACAGCAACCAGCAGCAGUGGCUACAGGUGGAUCUGAAGAAGGAGAAGAGGAUCACAGGCAUCACCACUACAGGCUCCUCCCUACUGGAGUACCAGUUCUACGUGUCAGCCUAUCGGGUCCUCUACAGCAAUGACGGACAGCACUGGAACAUCUAUCGGGAGGCAGAUGCUACCCAGGACAAGAUUUUUAAAGGGAACACCAAUUACCUCCAGGAGGUGCGCAAUAACUUCAUCCCACCAAUCGAGGCGCGGUAUGUGAGGAUAAGCCCCACCCAGUGGCACCAGCGAAUUGCCCUCAAGUUUGAGCUGCUCGGAUGCCAGUUCCAUCAAGCGAGGCCCCGGAUAUACCACCCCGCUCGGCCUCCCCCUCCCUCAGUGGCCACAGACACCCCCCCAAUGUACGGCCGGACCACCCACACCCCUGACAUCAGAAACACCACCAUGCCUCCAUGCAUCAUCAACGACGUGGCGUUUGCAACGGUGUUGGUGCCGGUGUUGGUCAUGAUUCUGACCACCCUCAUCUUGACCACGGUCUGUGCCUGGCACUGGAAGAACAGGAAGAAUAGUUCAGAGGGAGCUUAUGACCUGUCUCACUGGGACCGUGCAGACUGGUGGAAGAGUAUGAAGCAGUUCCUGCCAUCCAAGAUAGCGGAGGGGGAGGAGUCAGUCCGCUACAGCAGCAGUGAGGUGGGCCGGCUCAGAGUGAGAGGGAACACCGCCAGACUACGGGCCGAACCCGCAGAGUAUGCCCAGCCCCUGGUCAGCGGUGUCAUGACAUCACUAGGUCAGAGGUCAACUUUCAAGCCAGAGGAAGGUUCUGACCCCGGCUACACGGACCCUAACCUCUACGACGCUCCCAUGGCAACAGACAUCUACCAUGCCUACGCUCAACCCCUGCCCGCCUCCGGUGCAGAGUAUGCCACGCCCAUUAUGAUUGACAUUGCAAGCCACCUAUCAGGGAGCUCCACACUGAACCAGCCAACCACAGUCUCCAGCUUCAUGGGCCGUGGCCCCGCCUCCCUUCUCACGAGAACAGACAGCGGGCAAUCAGGGAGGUCAAUGUAUGACACGCCCAAGAGUACAGGACAGGCCACACCCACUAAGGAUUUAGCCUAUCAGGUGCCUCAGAGCAGCUCUCAGAAGCCAGUGGAGUAGAGCUGAAGAGGUGGAGUGAGUACUUUGAUUGACAAGGCCAUAACCAUAAAUCCCCCCCAUUGACAGAGGGGGAUGAUGGAGAGAGGGAGGGUGAAUUAAACUAUAAAGAACGUUAGCUUCAAGUUAGAUGUCUGUAUGUGAGUGAGUCUGCAGAGGAGUCUAUAUGUGAGUGUCUACCUGUACGUGCAUGGCCGGAGAGUGCUAGCAUAGUACCAUACCAGUCCUAUCACUGAAACCACAAAGAUGAAUGUCUACAUGAGAGCGAGAGAACAGAAAGAGAGAAGAAACAAGGAGAGGUGGAGAGCUCACUACUGUUUCAGCCAGGCUCAGUCCCCUCUGUGUGUCUCUUAAUUUGAUGUUUUGUCAAACUGAGUAUAUAUUAGUUCCUUUCGUAUCAAUCUAAAAGUGAAACAAUUCUCCAAACAAUAGGUUCUCUGAAGUGGUUGCCUUCUAUAGAAAGUCAAUGUUUCUACCACUGAAGUGUUCUCUGCAUAAAGGCCAAAGGUCACCUGUCUAAAGAGGAGCUUCCUCAGUUUACUACGGUACGCUUUGAUUGGAGGCUUGAACUAUUUCAGCUUUCAGUUCACAAAAUCAGACCUGUCAAAAUGUUUGAGUUUAACCAAUCACCUUAUACAAAAAGCUAGAGUGAAACCCACACCAAAAACCUGUUGAAGUUUCUGAAAAAUUAUUUAUUUUUCUUUUAUAAUUCCUACUGAAAAAAACACUAUGGAAAGCGGUGACGAAUCAGCUUCAAAUAAUGAUGGUUACACUGUUGUCAUGGACACCUUGCCUCACGUGACAGUCAAAAAGGACCUCUGCAUAACGUUUAGGUGCCAUUGGGUUACUUGAAGAGGAAGAAUCUGCCCUCAUGGUGAUCCUAGAGGAGCUGAGACAGAAGGGCUGUCUCUAAAAUAUGUCAGUGAGACUAAACAUUGCCUUAUGUUUUGUUAUUAUGCAUCAUUUAUCAUGGCCACAGUCUGUAAAUUCCCAGAGAAUCCAGAGGUUGUAGGACUUCUGUGUGCUAGAGGAAGAUGAUCCACUCCAGCCAAACUCACACUGGAGUAGUCUAGGUUACCGCAUCAGGUGUGUGUAUGGUACGGAUCCUGACAAAGACGGUACGGCGAGAGAACAUUAUCACUAGUGACCAAUCAGCAUGCAGAAGUUAAUAUUUACAGAAACGCCUCAUUCUAGUAUGUGUCUGAAUUGCUGUCUCUAUUUCUUAGAGAUUGACUGUCUCUACUGUACGACUGUCUCAUCAAUGUAUGUAAUGGCUUUCAUGAGUGUCUUUGUAUGGCUGUCCUAAAGAGAGUAUCUGUGUGUGGCUAGCUAUGUCUGUACGACUGUCCCUACGAGUGUACUGCAUCUAUGUUUGAUUAGUCAUGUUUGUAGUCAGUGGAGCACAUUUAGUCCGGUCAAUCCCUGUGCUGAACACCAAAUCUGAACCAGUUGAACGUUAGGUUAAAGGUUAGGGCUUCAGUAUGUAAGGCUGGCCGUAGGUCAGUGUGUUCCCUGGUCACUGUGUGUUUCUGUCUUCACAGAUUGUACAAGGAGAAAUAAAGCCUUUUUAAAAAGUAACUUUUUUAAAAGCUUUUAAAAAACUUUUACACAUUUCUACAGUGAAUAAAAUAAAACAUCAAUGAAUUCUUCAUAUUUCACAUCUUAAA